UCACAAUGACUCAACAAGUAGAUGCACAGGAUGUUGAAAUUACAGUUUCUGGGUUAAGAGGGGGAGAGAAAGCACCUAAAUAUAGCAGGAAGUGUUGAAAAACCACAAAGGGACAACAAUUAAAACUUGAGUAAAAUACAAAGAAGGAAGUGAAAAGUAGCUACACGUCGAAGCUCGAAAAAAAACAAAAGUGAAACUGGGAGAGAAAUCAGUCGUCGAGAAAAAGAGGAUUUAAAAAAAAUGAAGAGAGAUUUCAGGGAGAAAUUAAGAGAAACUGCCCCCGAAAUGUGGAAAUAGGAUUUAUAAGAAAAGUGUAGAAAAUAAAUAAGAAAAGUGUGUGUGUCGUUUAAGGGGGGGGAGGGGCUGAAUCCUCUUUGUUAUUCUGUGGUCGUGCUUUGGUAUCCCAUCACUUUACCUGCUGGACCUGUUUGCUCUCUGCCCAGCCCAUGACAAUAAUAGGCCGUCGUGUUUGUGUCACGCCAUCACCCCGGGGUGACAUAUCACAAAUACCUCAUCAUUUACUUCGUCCUGAUACACCCGCAGUGUUUAACCGGCAGUCUGACAGGUUCACACAGCAUCUCUGCAAGCUAGUAGAGUGUGACCUAAAGGAAUAAAGAACAAAAUGGAAGUUAAUUAAAUUCAACGACAUAAAAAAAUAUUGUGGGACCUGAUUAUCGGCAAAAAAAAAAAUCGGAACCAAACAGAUGACUUGAUUUAUUGGAAAGGUGUUGGAUCAUAAACAGAUGUUGUUUUUGUGUAGGAUUGUGUGUGAGAGAGAAGACGGGUAAGGUGAGCACUGUUGUGGGUGUGUCUAAAGCUGUUGUUCUCACACACACACACACACACACACACACAGAGGCCUGUUGAACCUGUUACUGCCCAUACACCUGUAACACACACUCCUUCACCUGAAACUGUGUAGAAGUGGCUCUGACUGCUACAUAUUCAGUGUGUGUUUUAAGUGUAGCUACACUUUACAUGUGGGACAAUCUCUUCACCCUCAUCUCUCUCUCUCUCUCCGUUAUUCACCUUUGGACUGUAAGCUGGGUUUAUUUGCAUCAGGGCGACUUGGACUCUAUCCUGAUUAUUUCCUGUUCAUGCUCCUCCGCUGGGUUGACCUCUCGCUUGCAUCAUUGUGAGUAAAAAUAAGACGGCUACAUCGUUCUGAACUCGCUUUACCUCUCCGAAUCAAGACAUACAGCGUGACCAACACUCCUGAUGGAUUCUCUCGAUUCUCUCUGGUUGGAAUUGGAAGCUCCCUGCAAAAUGCUGUGAUUGUUUAUGUGAGUGUUGGCAGCUCCUGGGGCUGCAAAAUCAGGGCAGGAUGAUGGAAGAGGUGUCCACGAUUAUGGCAUAUGAUGCCCACGUUAUGGAACAGAUGAGCGAAGACGAGAUCUUGGCCUGCUUGGUGGAUGAAACGGGACCUAUAUUCACAAUCCCAGCGACUGAGGCUAAACUGGGGGAAAGCCGGCUUCAAUUAAUGGAUGAUGAUGAGCCUUUGGACAAAUACCUGAGGGAGAACCAUCGGCUGCAGGAGGCCACCCUCCGUCUGGAGCAAGAGAAUGACAACCUUGCUCACAGAUUGAUCGCAAGCAAGGUUUCCUUGAGGACCGCUCUGGACGAGGCGGAGGACAGAGUGGAAGAACUCACCAAAGACCUUUUUCGAACCAGACAUCAACUGCAGGCUACAGAAGAGGAGAAAAGAGGCGAAGAGGAGGAAUCUGCCGUGUCGAAGGAAGUGUUUCGGAGAGAGCUGGAGAAGGCUGAGCACGAAGUCAGAAGGUCGUCGGGUGUCAUUGCGGACUACAAACGGAUCUGCUCUCAGCUGACAAAGCAGCUGGAGAGGCAGCAGGCCGCCCACAGAGAAGAGUUAGAUACACUCGAGAGUGCAGUGAAGGCUUGCUCGCGCUGCCGACACAUCGUGGAAUCAGAUGAACCAUCUGCCACAGUUCGGAAGUCUCCAACAGCAGCAGCAGCGAUAGAAGUCCACGGGAUGACUGAACCGUGCCGGGAAGAGGACGACGAAGGUCCCAAAAAGGCAAGGCAGAGGGGAGACGACCGGGAGAAGGAGUCCCUCAGGGCCCAGAUCAGGGAGCUCGAACAGGAGUUGGCUACGACCAAACUCCAGAUGGUGGAGUCCAAGUGCAAGAUCCAGGAGCUGGAGCACCAGAAAGGAAUGCUGGCCAACGAUCUUCAGGAAGCAAAGAACAACUGGAUCAGCAAGGCCUUCCCCUCCCUGCGGACCUCCAGCGAAGGGGGACUUCACAGUAUUAGCAUACCCAGAGAUGGAGCUCCCACUGUGGGCUGGAAGCUCCACAGAAGCUCCUUCUCUGGAUGGAGCAUGAAGAUGCCGUCCUUGCCUCACAGAGAAAAUCGAGAAAACGUCUGAUGGCUCGAACCGUGAAUGUGCAUAUCACUUACAAGUGGACCACAGCAACAGGAUAAAACCUCAGAGUAUUCAUUCACAAUGUUAUGUAUGUAGUCAAUACUGUAGCUGCUAUUUCUUCUUGUGCCAAAGGGCAGUCACAAAACCAGCAGAGGAGAGUACCUGAGAGCACAUACAGGUGCUGUGAGACAGUCUUGUCUGUUGGCCACUUUACAAUGAUGAAGUCAUUUUUAUAUUCGUAAGCCAAAUCCAUGUGCCUUGUGAUUUGUUUUUUGUACAUAAAUCUCAUUC